UAUUUUAUGGCCUACCAGCUCAAAUACACGGAUAUUUUCGGUUUCUUUCUUCAAUGGUUGAAGCGAGGCUCCAAAAGUUCCCGGACGAUGGCUAUACAUUUGAAAUAAGAUCCAGCACAGUAUUAUGAUGGCGUCAAAACCCCAUGUGGACAAUACUGUAAAUGAACGUCGUCUUCGUCCGAUAUACGACUGGCUGGACAAUGGAAGCAAUAAAAAGGCACUCCAGGAGGCAGAUAAGGUCCUCAGGAAGCAGCCGACUAAUCAGUGUGCCAGGGUGCUCAAGGCCCUGGCCCUCUUGAGACUUGGAAAAGAGGAUGAGUGUCAGAAUAUAAUGGAACAGGUCCGCUUCGAGGUUCCCUGCGAGGACUCCACCCUCCAAGCCAUGAGCAUUUGCUACAAAGAGAUCCACCAGCCCGAUAAGAUCCGAGAGGUCUACGAAGCAGCAGCAAAAGCAGAUCCCCAUAACGAGGAGCUUCUUACCCACCUGUUCAUGGCAUACGUUCGUCUCGCUGACUUCAAGAAGCAGCAGCAAACCGCUCUGGCCCUUUACAAGCUAAAACCCAAGAAUCCGUACUACUUCUGGGCAGUCAUGAGUCUCGUGAUGCAGGCUAUCCAAGCGGAUGAUAAACUUGCAAAAAAAGUGAUUCUUCCUCUAGCAGAACGAAUGGUCCUCAAACUCGUAACCGAGGACAAAUUAGAGGCAGAGCAGGAAGUCCAACUCUACUUGAUGAUCCUCGAGCUCCAGGGGAAGUAUGAGAAUGUCCUGGAAGUUUUGAAUGGUCCCCUCUCUGAGAAACUCUCAGGGGUGCCCCAGCGCAAAGCUAGUCUAUUGCUGAAACUCGGUAGGCACGAAGAAGCGACUACUGCGUUCAAAGAACUUAUAACCGAGGACUGUGACAACUGGGCUCACUACUUGGAUUAUUUAACAUCAGCAUUAGAGCAUGGGACGCCAACAGAAUGCCUGGAAUUUCUGAAUAAAAUAGCUGAGACCUCGGGGACAAAAGUGAGAGGUCCUCAGCUUGGUCGAUUUGAGCUGUUGAAACGCUGCACAUCAACCGAAAUUAACAUGCGAGACCUUAUUGACCCUGUGAAGUUGAUGAGAGAAUACUUCAAGCAGUUUGGAAAUAAGGGCUGCAGUGUGGGGGAUCUGAGACUCUACCUGGACCUUCUGAGCGAAGACGAGAGGGGUCAACUGUUUACGGAAAUAUCAGAAGACGUUGGAGUUACUGAUGAGUGUUUUCCGACGUGCACUGAUCAAAUGCUACGACAUAUUCAUCUGGAGCAAUUGAAACGAAUUUGUGGAAUCCAUCACUCACCCAAACUCGAUGUUGAGGGCAGAAAAAAUCUGGUUGAACGCCUCUGCAAGCUGUAUGAAGCGGGAAAUAAACUCUGCCCCUCUGAUGAGAGAUUACCAACAGAUUUUGCUCCCUUCGACUCCUAUAUUCUCAUUGCAUCACAUUUAUUGCUGCAAUUGUGGUAUGAGACUUCGGAGGCUGUUUAUAUUUAUAAAGCUAUGAUGUUGUUGGAGAAGGGAUUGGCUACUAGUCCGGCUAAUUUUCAUCUGAAAAUCAUACUGGUGAGGGCUUAUUUAGAGGCUGGUCUGAUUGGAGCUGCUAAUCAUGCUUAUGAGUUGCUUGAUGUCAAGCAAAUUCAGUUGGAUUCUCUCGGAUAUCUUCAUGUUCCUUUGCUUGCCCCUAUGGGACAUUUGUCAGGGGCUGCCAGUGUUCUCGAUAAUACGGUCAAGUUUUUCAUUGCCAAUUUCAGCCAAGGGUCUGAUCGACUGACCUUUGCAUACAAGUAUGGAAGUUUUGUAAAAAUUCAGGAGUUUCUAGAGUUGAUUGAGAGAUUGGGAAAGUCAUUGCAUUGGACUACAUCGACUGUUGAUAAAAUGUUGCUGGAGAUUAGCUGGUGUGAAAGCUAUAAGUCACUUACAGCGACUCUGGCGGCUAUGAGGAUAGAGCCGUAUGAGGGUACAAUCUGGUGGGAUGUGCUGAGGGACAAUAGGGACUUAGAGGUGGUCGUGGGAUGGGAGCCACUUACAAAGAGCAAGGACCCUCAGCGGUGCAAGGAUACACGCGAGUGUAUGCAGGCGAUUUUACCUGCCAGAAAUUUAAUCCUGAGGAUCAUAGCGGCAACUGCAGAGCCAGAUUCGUCGUCACUUCUCACCAAAUUCGCGGGAGAAUUGGAGAAUUUGGAUAGUGAACAAGUGGUAAAGUGUCUGGAGAAAUUUAAGGUUGAUAAGAGAAUCAGAGUGGAUAGUCACCUGGUUCCGUUGGACGCUGUUGAACGGUUAAAAGAGGCACACGAGUCUGGUCAGUUGAGAAUUAUCGCGAGACUGGCUAAAUCACUUGUCAAAGUGUCAAGGCCUGAUGAGGAAACCAUUCAGGAAAUACAGAGAGCUGCGUGCUUGGAGCCACUCAGCAUUGGUGAGGGGAUUGUUAGUUAUAAGGAAUUCAUGCUCAGGGCUGCGACCUGUGGAGAGACUCUCGCAUUUCUGGGAGCUAUGUGUGUAGAGUACUCGAGUCAGUUUCAUCCGCAGAUUGGGAAUAAUAAGAAGACCAAAAAGAAGGCCCAUAACAAGGAAAUUCCUACCAUAGCCAACCAUGAUGUCCAGGGUUGGAAAGAAAUUGGCCAGGUACUUGUUGAAAAAGCUCAAGGACUCGAAUUAGCGCUCACAAAUCUCGAGAAAAGAACACCUGAAACAGGUCUCGAUAUAACUCUAUGUCAAUCAGCAAAUUCGGUUCUGGAACAUACUCAAGAAAGCAUCAGGGAUAGCUGUCGAUUGCUGAAAUCCCGGUUAAGUGUCACUCUCAAACUCCUGAAUAGUCUUCGCAGCUGAAACUCCACCAUUUUAAAUGUAAACCAUUGCGAUUCAUUAUUCUUCGAUUGCCACUGUUGUCUGAUGGAUUUUAUGACGAGGAAACACAAAGUCUGGAUGAAAGGUGUGGGAAAAUUGGAAGAAUCGUGAAUCUUUUGAAAUCAAAUCUCUCAAAUUCCGGAUUCAAGAGCAAGAAAUAUUCAUUAAUUUAAAAAAUAUUGUUGUACCUCGAGCUUAUUUUGCCAGUACUUAAAACCACUUAGUAUAUCUUUACUCAUCUUAAUUAUUAUUAUUCUUGUCACCUAGGAAUAAUUUCAAAAAUACGCCUAAUGGUCUUUCCUUUAGGUGUCCAUUUUGUUAUUAUUUAUAAUUACAUCUCCUAAAUUUAUUAUUCGAACAAUCAA